AUGUCCAGUGCUCCGCUGCUGCGUGAUCACCCGAAGCUCAGCCCCCCGUGGCUCCCGAGCUGGGCUGCGGCCUUUGCGCUACUGCUGGUGAUCCGUGGCGCUGCUGCCGUGUGGAUGAUCAUUGCCGACUGCGACGAAGUGUACAACUACUGGGAGCCCGUGCACCUUCUUGCAUCGCCCGAUGCGGUCCGCAGGACGCCGGUCGCUGCGUUUGAGACGUGGGAGUAUGCGCCGCAGUACGCGAUCCGGUCGUGGGCGUACAUUGCGCUGCAUGCCGUCGCGCCGUCGGUCGUGCUCCACUGGGCCAAUGGCCCAUUUGCUUUCUAUACGCUGCGCCUCGUCCUCGCGGCCGUGUCGGCGGCGGCAGAUGCGACGCUAUACCGGAGCGUUGCGGUGGCCGUGAAUGCGCGCGUCGCGCGCUACCUACUCACGUUCCUCGCCGCGUCGGCCGGCCUUGCGAUGGCGUCGGUCGCGCUCCUUCCUUCGACGUUUGUCAUGUACACGUCAAGCGUCGCGAUGGCGUACGCCAUGUCGCGCGCUUCGCUUGCGAAUGUUCGCCGCACGUUUGGUGCGACCAUCGCGUUUGCGCUCGGCGCGCUGGGCGGAUGGCCCUAUGCGCUGGUCAUUGCCUUGCCGUUUGUGUGGGAAGAGCUGUUUCUCCUCGGCGCGGACGCGCGCGCGACGACGCAGUGGGCCGCGCGCCGCUGGGCACGCUGGGGCCUCGCUGUGCUUGCGGCGAGUUUCCUAGCCGUGCCGAUCGUCGCCGUCGACGCGCUGGCCUACGGCCGCCCGACGUUUGUCGCUCUCAAUACGGUCCUGUACAAUGUGCUGGGCCGCACACGGGGUAUUAGCCCCGAGCUGUACGGCGUCGAGCCGUGGUCGUACUACGUGGUGAACCUCUUGCUGAACGUGAGCGUCGUGGCGCCGCUUGCUUUUGCUGCUCUGCCUGCCGUCCUGCUGACCGCGGCGCGCGUUCCUGCGCGCUUCACGGGCGACUUUCCCGGCACGCGCACGCCGCGCAAAGGCGGCGCGGCGGCAGUGUCCGGCUCGAGUCCGUCGCUGCUUCUCGCGCUGCGUCUGCUGCCGGUCUAUCUGUGGAUCGGCAUGCUUACGGCGCAGCCCCACAAGGAAGAGCGUUUCCUGUACCCCGUCUACCCCCUGCUGUGCUUUAAUGCGGCGGUCGCGCUGUACAUUCUGCGUGCGUGGCUCGAGGCGGCCUACCUGCGCCUGACGCGCUCGCCGUACCGCGCGUCGCGUACGAUCCUCUUCCCCCUCUUUACGCUUGCGCCGCUGCUGCUAGCCUGUGUGCUUGGCGUGCUGCGCCUUGUGGCGCUGGUGCACCAUUACCACGCGCCGAUGGACGUGGUGCAGGCGCUGCCAGACGAAGAUGCAACGCUGUGCUACGGCAAAGAGUGGCACCGUUUCCCGUCGCACUUUUUCGUGCCGCGCAGCGUCGACGUGCAGUUUAUCGAGAGCGAGUUCCGUGGCAUUCUGCCCCACCACUUUGUAAACGCGCCCGGAGAGCACGACAAGCACCCCGCUCUAGAGGCCGCGUCGCUCGUGUGGCCGUGGGGCAAUGCCACGCGCCAUGUGCCGACGACCGUCAACGAGCUGAACAAGGAAGAAACGGACCGGUACGUGGACGUGGCGCGCUGCGACUACCUCGUCGACGUCGACUUCCCGCUGCGUGCGCCGACGGCGCGCGAGCCGCGGUAUGCGCACGACGACGCAUGGACGCGCAUCGCCUGCCGCCCGUUCCUCGACGCAGAAGGCAGCCGCAACGCCGCCCAGGGCCUGUCGCUCGGGCGCCGCCUCCUCGCGACGCUCGCGCGGACCCUGUGGCUGCCCGACAUGCUUGCGCACCGCAUCCCGGGCUGGGAUGCGACGCUGCGCUACGGGGACUAUUGCCUGCUCCAGCGCGUAGCCUAG